UCGUUCCGAUUGUCAAGGCGAGCGGAGUUCAAGUGUGUUUUAUUUUCAUCGAUAUUAUCGUAUCUGCUGAAAAAUGUCUGGCCGUGGAAAAGGUGGAAAAUCUAAGGCAAAGGCGAAGUCUCGUUCCAAUAGAGCCGGGUUACAAUUUCCCGUUGGUCGUAUCCACAGACUUUUAAGGAAAGGAAACUACGCAGAAAGAGUUGGAGCUGGAGCCCCCGUUUACUUGGCUGCCGUUAUGGAAUACCUGGCUGCUGAAGUUCUGGAAUUGGCGGGAAACGCAGCACGUGAUAACAAAAAGACCAGGAUCAUUCCACGACAUUUACAACUUGCAAUCAGAAAUGACGAAGAGUUAAACAAACUUUUGUCCGGCGUUACCAUUGCUCAAGGAGGUGUUCUUCCCAAUAUUCAAGCAGUACUUCUGCCAAAGAAGACUGAAAAGAAGGCUUAAGAAAUAACAAAUAACAAAACUGGCCCUUUUCAGGGCCACAAAACAUUUUACAUUUGAAACAUUCUCAGUUCUACUAAAAAUAUUUCUAGUCUUUGGUUUACAGAAAUUCAAGUUUAAUUUAAUUUAUUUUCUUCACUUGAAGUUAAUUUUAAUUACAUUAUAAUUUAAUAUUACUCUUAGUAUCAAUGGAAACUGUUAAUUAUUAAUUAUUAAGUAAAAAAAAUAAUGCGUAAUCUAUUAUCUAAUUAGUAGUUUAUUAUUUACAUUGAAGAAUGAGAACCACUGUUAAGUAGACCUAUAGUUGAGCGGUUUCGUCUAUCUUCUUUCUUCUUGUAUGAAGCAUGUGCAAUAGUUUUGUCAAUCGUUGCACCGUAAUGUGAAGAUUUUGUUAACUGAAACGGUAUUUGAAAUAAUACAUAUUUUAUUUGCAUCAGUAAAUGUUCUUUGAGUUAAGAAUCCUUUAAUAUUCGGAAAUUAAUAGGGAUUAACAACCUUUUGUGAAUAAG